AUGCAGUUCCCCACGAUGUUCUCCACCCUAUUCAUCUUCGCCUCAGUGCUCACCUCUUCCAUCGCUAUCGCUGCUGAGGCCCUUCCCCCCGUCGCCCACGUUACCGACUGCAACGGCAAAACCUACAUGCUCGACACCACCGGCCAAAACAACGUCCGCGUCAUCACUCAGGACAGAGCAGACGGCUACUACAUCCAACCUGUCAGCUACCACGUAGACUCAGGCACCACGUGCAAUUUCUACAGCGAAUCGACCCGCGGCGUUGGGUAUCCCAUCGGCAAAUACUAUGGCCCCGUAGACGGAGACUUUGUGGGUGACUGGGCUGCGUUUUACGAGUGCUGGGAUGUGGAGUCUGAGAUUGAGUCUCUGACUAGGCGGAGAGGGCGGAGCUUCAGGGCCUAA